GGGGCGGGCUCUGCGUGCUGAUUGGUGGGAGCGGUAGUCCUUCCGUGCUAGGGUGGUGUCCUGUUGGGGAGCCCGGAAAGAUGGCGGCCGAACGCAACAAUCGGCGCAUUUGUGAAAAUUCUGACUGAGCCCCUCAGGUCCAAGCAGCCCGUCUUAUUUCAGACCUUCUGGACCCCUACUGUUUCCACAUGGCCCUAAACGCCCUGAAGGAGCUCCAGGCUGGGGACCAUCCCCCCAUGCUAGUCUUUCAGAUGGGCAGGAACGCUCAGUUGGACUCCCUGAGCUACCAGUCCCCCAUCAUGCGACGAGUUUUCAUGAGGUUCCCUGAAGUGUUGUUCAUACACCGGACCCACAAUCCCCGAGGGAAAAUACUGUAUACUUUCCUGGUGGAUGGCCCUGGGGUGCAGCCUGAGCGCAGCUUGACCAGGAUAGUGUAUUUCUCUGUCCCAGUCAAGGAGAACACUGAGGGGCUGGUUCAGCUGUUCCACACCUUCAAAAAGUUUAACCCAGAGUGGGAGAGAAUUUGCACCAUUCUGGUAGAUCCUUAUUUCUCCCUGCUGCCUGUUCUAGCCAUGGAAUUUCCAUCGGCAGAGAUACUUCUGUCUGCCUUUCAUGUUUGUAAGUUUCUCCAAGGAAAGUUCUACCGACUUGCCCUAGACCACUCAGUGAAGAAGCUGCUACUCACCACCCUAAAGAACACUAUGUGUUCUGCCACUGCCAGUAACCUGAAGAAAAUGCACACUCUCCUUAGUGACUCUGUCCCCCAAGACCUGCAGCCAGACCUUCACCUGGGUUGGCUUCUAGAUGACAGGAUCUGGCUGGCACAUAGGUGGAGGAGCAAAGCUGAAAGUAUCUCCUAUUUUCAGGACCUAGAGAUCACAACCCGGGUUUUAAGCCAAUUCUUUGGUAUUGAACUAUCUUUGGAAAGGAGUAUCCUUUCCCUGUUAGGGUAUUUGAAGCAGAAGAUGGAGAAAGAUGGGGCCUCUGACUCAGACUUGAGUGUCUCAGGCAACUGUAUUCAACCAGAGCCUUCUGCAGAAAUGGCCAAGCUCCAAGAGGUGGAAGCCUGUAUCCAACAUUCCUUGCAGACCAUCUGUGCUGAACCUGCUGCUCAGCUCUGCCUGGGAGAGUUUGCUGUGGUCCAGAGGUCUGUACAGCUGAUUGGCUCUAGUACAGACAAGGUAAAUAUCCAGAUCCUAGAGGACAUGCAUGAAGUACACCCUCAGGGCCCAGGCAGCUGUACCUGCCACUUCAAUCAAACUUUUAGCCUGCCCUGCCGACACAUCCUGGCUGUCCUUAGCUCCCGUCAGCAAGUGCUACAGCCUGAAAUGCUACCUGAACAAUGGAAACCUGGCUGCAGGACACCUCCAGGAAGUGUAGCCAGCCUGGCCCAUAUCCUGGGCAGCAGGUGGAAUGUGGCUCUGGACAAGGAGCUUGUGGUGGCAUUCCUCACAGGGGAGGUGAGGCGGCUUUUGCUUCAGUGUAGCCGGGAAGAGUUUGAGCGACGAUACAACACCCUACGUGAACUGGCAGAUAGCUGGAUUGGACCUUAUUUCCAAGUGCAAGUCUAGGCUCUCUUACUUCCUCUGUUAAGUCUGCUCUGUUCUAUGACCCACUUAAAUGUCCUUCCUUAACCCAACUAAGGGGGGGGGGUGAUUAUUACCUAGAACAAUGACAUAGCCCCUAACCCUCAGUUUUCUCAGCUAUUAAAUGGGAAUAACAGUCGUCCUACCUAUCUCACA